ACCUUAUCGACGAAUACUGACAGAUAGAUAACCUUAAUAUAUAAAAUGCCAAAAAUAACAUAAAAAAUAGUUUGACGUAAAAAUAAAUGGAAUUCUUAACGUCCUUUUUAUAAGUUUAAGCAUUUAGUUUUAAAACAGUUGUCAAGAUGCAUAUGUGGAUAUGGUGGGGCCAUGAGUUUGGAGAUUUUAUGAUCUAUGGAUUAAAAGUAAACACCGUUGGGGGACUUGUAGCAACUUGCUUUUUUUGUGCAGGCCUUGCAAUUUUUUUUGAAUACUUGAAAUUGUUACAAGCUCAGCAUCGUUCGAGACAAUUAUAUUAUCGUACCCAACAAAUCAGGAAUAUUUGUCCACCCGAAAACACACAACUUUUAAAUGAUCGAGAGAUUUCUACCAUUGAAAAGAUUAGCUUACCUUUAAUUGAUAUAAUGCUGUGGAUUUUUACAUUUAAUUUGGGAUAUUUAAUGAUGUUAACUGUUAUGUUGUACAAUGGAUGGAUUUUUAUUUCUGUUAUUUUGGGUAGUGGAUUAGGAUAUUUUAUUUUUGGACAAAAAUUCAUGAAGAUUAAUUUACAAAAUUGCCAAAUGAUUAGAUCAUCUUUUUGUAUGAAAGAUUGUGACAACCCAGGUACAGCGGAGGAUAGAGAUGGUGAAUCAACUCCAGCUUUACAAUCGACGUCCAGUGAAGGACUUUCUUGUCACCAAAGCAGAGAAUAUGAUUGAUAUUUAAUAUUUUACUAUUAGUUUUACAUCACACUAAGGUACGAAAAAAUUGUUAUACAUAAUUUCUAUUUUAAAAAUCGUUCGAGGGUGCUACCUUAUAAAUAAUGAAAAGAAUAUUUUUUAAGACAGAUUAAUAAUAUUGUUAUCAUUUUAUGACGUUAAUAAACAUUUAUAUAUUUUACUCCUUUAUAUAGGCAACCAAUAAUGCACGCAUUGACAGCA